AUGAUACUUGACUAUAUGAAUACUGCUCCAUCCUCAUCUACCCAUAGUGCUCCGGACACUGACAGCUCUGGAAAGAAAGGAAAAAGACAUCUGGAGCUCCAAGCACCAGCCGCUCUAACACGCAACCCUUCGUCCAACUCCGAUAGUAUUCGAGCGUUGUUCGGCAGCGGUGUUGAAAGAAAGGAACCUCCCGAUAAAGGUAUUAGUCCUGAUUCGGGUGUACAUUCGGCAGAGAAUGAUCCUGGCGAUGAAAACGACGUUCACUCUGCUCAAAAUAUCAUCAAUUUGAUAAACCAACGUGAACGAGAGUAUGAGGAGAAGCUUCGCAAGGACAAGGAAGAAGAAAAGCUUCGACGAGAAAAGGAACGGGAACGUGGAAAGAAGAAGGAAAGGGAAAGAGACAGACCCUCUUCUGAGAAACGAUCCAAGGAUUCGGAUAGAAGGGACAAAAUAAGUGAACGGCCUGAGCGGCCGGAGAAGGUCAAAGUAGAAGUCAAAGUGGAAGAUGCCGAGCGGCAGAAACUUACAGAAAAUGAGUAUAAAUCUGAAGAGCAGGCGUUGCGUGCAGAUGGCUUGCGAGGAGAGAUCAUUCUUAAGGGUCUUGAUCGCUCUAGAUUGAAUCACCUGAUCGAGAUCGGCAAGAGAACAGGUCGGAUGAAGGAAGAGACGCGAAAAGAAGACUACGAAAGGAAGAUCGGAAAGGAGAGUGCAUGCCGCGUGCAUCCAGCUCUCAAUCUCAUGACUCUGGUGACCAUCCUCAAGUUCAUCGCCCGUCGUCAGUUGUCGGUAGCAACCCGUCGCGAAGCAGUUUCGAGUGUGCUGCGCCAGAAUAGCGACAAGGUCGCUAAAAUGAUAUUCUACCUCGAUGCAACUGUAUAUUUUAUUUUAUCGGCAAAACAUUUCACAUCACAAGAAUCGCCAGAGGUUCGCUGUAACAAACAGUACUCAAUCGUACGCGACACGAAUGAUCUGAUCAAAAGGGUAACUCAAGCCUUUUGUGCAGUAUCAGAAGGAUGUUCUCCUUGGCAUAUGCAUAUGUUAUCUCGAAUACGUAAUCUCAGUUCACGCUGUCAAGCCUGUUUACUGUAUCACAUGUACAACUUCAGAUCUCAAAACGCUAUAAAGUCUUACGGAAUGCUCAUGAACAUGGAUUCACAGAUCCAGGAAGAGAGACAUCAGUCACAGAAUGGCGCAUCAGCCACCACAUCUUCUUCGCCUGGCAGUAGUGUUCACUCCAAAUUUCGAAUCAGUCGGUGA